AAGGACGACCCGGAAACGACAUGGGGAGGGGGAACUUCCGUUCUUUGUUCUGUUCUCGGUUGUGUGGGUCUGUGACAGGGUCCAAGAGGGCCUGGUUCGUGUCCGGCCCCCUAAUUACGUCCCUGUCCCCAGGGUGAGUGGGGCCGUCUUCGGGACUCGCGUGCUACUUCAAAACCUGCUUCCUGCCGAGGCCACAGCUAGGAGAUCAGCGGCCAGACCAUUCCCCUCACCCAUGGAAACUCAGGCUGACCUUGCAUCUCAGGAACCUCGGCCCCUGCUAGAGAGUGCUCUUUCCUCUUCAAAAGUCCCUUCCUUUCCUGACAAGGACAGCCUGGGGCACGAGAUGGUGGCUGCUGCACUUCUAAAGGCCAAGUCCCAGGAGUUGGUGACAUUUGAGGAUGUUGCUGUGUACUUCAUCUGGAAAGAGUGGAAGCGUCUGGAACCUGCACAGAGGGACCUCUACAGGGAUGUGAUGCUGGAGAACUAUGGGAAUGUGUUCUCACUGGAUGGUGAGUCCAAAACUGGACAUGACCAAGUCCUCUCUGAAGGCAGGGCGUCACAUGAGAUGAUACUAGGACGAUUGCAAACGGAUGUUUCUCAGGGUCUUAAGUUUGAAGAAGCCUACGAACAAGAAGUCAGUCUGAAGAGACAGCUGGGGAACUCCUCUGUUGGAAGACUGAAUAGGAAAAUACAGGAGUUUCACCAAGUGACAGCUGAGGAAAAGCUCACUCACAUGGGACAAAGAAGUGAGAAGUAUAAUGAGUUUGGGAACAGUUUCACCGUGAAUCCCAAGCUUCCUUCACAUCAGAGAUUUCCCAUGGGAGACAGACCCCAUAAGUGUGAUGAAUGUAGCAAGAGUUUUAAUCGAACUUCAGACCUUAUUCAGCAUCAGAGAAUUCACACUGGGGAAAAACCAUAUGAAUGUAGUGAAUGUGGAAAGGCCUUCAGCCAGAGUGCACAUCUUAUUCAGCACCAGAGAAUCCACACUGGAGAGAAGCCCUAUGAAUGUAAGGACUGUGGGAAGACCUUCAGUUGUAGCUCAGCUCUCAUCCUGCACCAGAGAAUCCACACUGGAGAGAAACCCUAUGAAUGUAAUGAGUGUGGGAAAACAUUUAGCUGGAGCUCCACUCUAACUCACCACCAGAGAAUCCACACUGGCGAGAAGCCCUAUGCUUGCAACGAAUGUGGGAAGGCCUUCAGUAGGAGUUCCACCCUUAUCCAUCAUCAGAGAAUCCACACUGGAGAGAAACCCUAUGAAUGUAAUGAGUGUGGCAAAGCCUUCAGCCAGAGCUCACACCUCUAUCAGCACCAGAGAAUCCACACUGGAGAGAAGCCCUAUGAAUGUAUGGAAUGUGGAGGGAAGUUUACCUACAGUUCAGGCCUUAUUCAGCAUCAAAGAAUCCACACAGGGGAGAAUCCCUAUGAAUGUAGCGAGUGUGGGAAAGCCUUCAGGUAUAGCUCAGCUCUUGUUCGCCAUCAGAGGAUUCACACUGGAGAGAAGCCUUUGAAUGUAAUGGGUGUAAGCAGAAAUUCUCUCGGAGUUUCUGCUGAAUUAAACAUCAGAGAGUCCACAUGAGAGAGCCAUAUGCCAUUUUCCUCACUCCCUAGUCUAACGAGCUCUUGCCUUACCUUAUAAAUAGGGCCAAUUUAGACAGUGUCCCACUGCCAACCUUUCACUUAGAGAGUGGGGCAGAUGAGAAAGAACAUCCUGGCACAGUGACCAGCAGGAUUUCCCAGGAAUGGAUACCAGUCUUGAAAAAUUGUGAGGCAAGUAGCAGAUUAAGCACUGGGAAAAGAAGGAAGCUUGGGGACUGGUCACCCCUUUGGGGAAGGGGUUUGCACUAAACCAAUUUUCUCACACCAGAAGAGCCUUUCUUUCCAAGGUGGGGAUGGAAGCUUAUUAGCAACAAAAUUCCAAGGAUUCCUCUAGUUGGAGUCAGUCUGGUAAGCACAAAAGGCAGAGGGAAGAAUAUUCUGGGUCAUCUUAAGUUCUGGGAAGGGAAACAAGUUGUAUUUCUUCCUUUCUUUUUCGAGACACAUCUCACUAUGUAGCCCUG